AUGGAGAAAGCUGCAGGAAGAAAUGGAACGCCCAUCAAUCAAUUCAUCCUUUUAGGGUUUGGGAACAGCCCAGAACUACAGCCCCUACUCUGUCUUGUCUUCCUAGUGAUCUACCUUGUGACCGUGGUUGGGAACCUCCUCAUCGUUGCGCUAGUUGUGACUGAUCGGCACCUCCACACCCCCAUGUACUUCUUUGUGGGAAACUUGUCCUGGUUGGAGACCUGCUACAGCUGCACCAUCCUGCCCCGGCUGCUGGCCAGUCUCCUGACGGGGGACAGGACCAUUUCUGUUCAGGGCUGCAUCGUUCAAUUAUAUUUCUUUGGUGUCACAUCAGCUACAGAAAAUCUGCUGCUCACGGCCAUGUCCUACGAUCGGUAUCUAGCCAUCUGCCAUCCCCUCCGCUAUGCUGCUCGCAUGAACGGCCGUUUCUGUUGCCAGCUGGUGUCAGGAUCCUGGAUAAGCAGCUUUCUGGGCUGCACCAUGGGCCAUAUUUUCUUCUUGCAAUCAACGUUCUGCGAUUCCAAAGAAAUUGACCAUUUCUUUUGUGAUGUAUCACCCGUGAUAAAAUUGUCUUGUAGCGACACCCGGACUCACCAAACCUUCACGUUUAUUAUCUCUGCCGUGGGGACAAUUAUACCCUGUCUACUGACCCUGGCGUCCUACGUUUGUAUCAUCACGGCCAUCCUGAGAAUCCCGUCCAGCACUGGGAGGCAAAAGGCCUUUUCCACCUGCUCCUCCCACCUCAUUGUGGUGACUGUUUACUACGGGACCGUGAUCGCUGUCUAUGUGGUUCCAACAGAUAAUGCUCCCAAGAUCCUACACAAAAUAUUCUCUGUCUUCUACACAGUCCUGACUCCCAUGAUCAACCCCAUCAUCUACUGCCUGAGAAACAAGGAGGUCAAAGAGUCCCUCAGAAAAACGAUUGUGAAACUGGUGGCGCGCAGAAACUGGCAUGGAGUCUGA